CCAAAUGCUGUUAUAUCCAGCGGCAUUCAAUAUGACCACUGGACCACUGCACUGGUCAUUACUUCAGCGUUCCAGAGCGAAUGAUAAUCAAUUAUACGUUGCUUGCAUAUCACCGGCUCGUGUUCCUUCAGCAAGUUACGUCGCAUGGGGGCAUACACAGUUGACCAAUCCCUGGGGAAAGAUUCUUUACGAUUUGGAAACUCAAGAGAAUAUGGCAAUCACCGAUAUCGAUCUAAAAGUUGUUGAGGAAGUAAGGGCUCAGAUACCUACAUUUUCUCAGAGACGUACAGAUUUGUACGACACUGUCUGUAAGAAGGAGUAACUCUACACUAAAACAGAAAAUGUUUUUUUAUAAUAUUUCUACUACAAUAUCCCUUUUUUGUGAAUUAUUACUAAUUUCUUAUCAUUUGUACUAAAUGAAUGACUCAAUUAAGAAAACCAAAACGUUAUAAAUAAUAAUCUGUAUAUCUUGUGUAUC